UUGAGCCGCUCGAGAAUGGAUUAAGUUGCUUUGAUAGGUAUCAUUUCGCGCGGCCUGAAACUGCAAAAUUGAUUCAGCUAUGAGAAUCGAAUCUCUCAAAUUCCCAUGAAUCUCCCACUUUGAAUUCUCCAUUCAAUCAUCUUUCUUCUUCCAUUGUUGAAAUGCCGCGGCCUGAGCUUGGUUCUUGCAGUUCAUUCUUCCAAGGACCAUCUCAAUCUCAGAGUUUCUCCUGCUGCAGUACCAAUUCGGGGUUCUUCGUCACCGGUGGCUUGUUUAUUGACUCGGCAGUUCCAUCUUCCUUCGCUAACUCAAUUUGGUCGAAGAAUUCGUCAGUUGAAGAGUCUGGUUCUGUUUCUGUUUCGGCUUCGUUCUGUCAUCAGGAACAAGCUGUGUUUUUUGGGGUUUUGCGGUGGCGGAGGAAGCCUCGCAUUGCUGACUGCGGGUUUUUGUCUCUGAGUGUGAGAGGCGAUCGUUUUGUCCCGGAGCAGAAGGUUCGUGCUGAUGGAUAUGAGAACUGCGAGAAGGCGGGAAAAUGCGAGGGAGCUCUUGCAACUGUCGACAACGAUAAACAAGAGAAGAAGUAUACGGUACAUAAAAGGAAUGCUAUGAAUACUACGAAGCAUCUUUGGUCUGGUGCAAUUGCUGCCAUGGUUUCCAGAACUUUUGUUGCGCCACUUGAGAGGCUGAAGUUGGAGUAUAUAGUUCGUGGUGAGCAGGGAAAUCUUUUUUACGUCAUCAAGAAAAUUGCAGCUUCUCAAGGCUUAAAAGGGUUUUGGAAGGGAAACUUUGUCAAUAUUCUUCGAACUGCUCCCUUUAAAGCAUUAAACUUUUAUGCGUAUGAUACUUACAGAAAACAACUGCUUAAAUUGUCUGGCCGUGAGACUACUUCAAAUUUUGAGAGAUUUGUUGCUGGUGCUGCAGCAGGCAUUACUGCUACCGUACUCUGCCUACCACUUGACACUAUUCGAACAAAGAUAGUGGCACCUGGUGGAGAAGCUUUAGGUGGUGUAAUUGGUGCUUUCCGCUACAUGGUCCAGACUGAAGGGUUCUUUUCUCUUUACAAGGGCUUACUCCCCUCCAUUUUAAGCAUGGCGCCUUCUGGUGCAGUCUUCUAUACUGUAUAUGAUAUACUCAAAACUGCUUAUCUGCAGUCACCAGAAGGAAGGAAAAGAAUUCAAAAUAUGAACCAACAGGGGAAGCAAUUGAAUGCUUUGGAUCAGUUGGAGUUAGGACCAAUUAGGACUUUACUACAUGGUGCUAUAUCUGGAGCUUGUGCUGAGGCAGUGACUUACCCAUUUGAAGUAAUCAGGAGGCAGCUUCAAAUGCAAGAUCAGGCCACUAGAAUGAGUGCCUUUGCAACCUGUUCUAAGAUAGUUCAGCAAGGAGGAAUACAAGCUUUAUAUGCAGGACUUCUUCCCAGCUUGUUACAGGUACUUCCUUCAGCUGCCAUAAGUUUUUUCGUUUACGAGUUCAUGAAGAUCGUCCUUAAAGUGGAAUGAACGAACGAACAACGACAUCAGAAAGCAGGGAGGAAACUGAUCAAUUGGCCCAACAUAAUUCACAGUUAAGCAUCACAAACGGGUCAUGAAAUCAUGGUAAUCAGUAGCUUCCUCGACGUCGUGAAACCGUUUUUCGUUAGUAUUCUUGAACUUAGUCGUGAAUCGUAGAGCAUAUUCAUCACUGCCCAAUUUUGACUGCUACAGGAGCUUCAUUUUGAGUAGAUUGUUCAACAGAAAUUCUCAAUGUAAUAAGAAUUUAUGCAAUUAUGUGUAUGUAAUUAUCAUGAAGAUUAUUUAUGUCAGAUUCUGAAUAAAUGCUUCGUAUGUUGA